GCUAGACGUAGAUCUUUUGUUCAUACCUGUUGCCCUUUGCACAUCAUACAUCGCAUCCACGCGCAAGCGCUGCCUUCCUGGUUGCAGUCGUGGCUAAAAGCUGCUUCCCUCGCGCGAUCAUGACUUGUCAGCCCUGCUUCAGCCUCACGCCAUGGCAUAGGCUGCGCCCCCACUCUGAGUGUUCAAGUGACAGCCUGCCCUAACCACCAGCUUUCUACUGUGCAGCUCGUCCCGGCCCUGUUCUUUUCUAUCAUGUAGUCAACCAUAUCUUUUGCUUUUUUUUUUUGCAUUCACAACAAACUCGACAGCUAAUAUUCGUAUGUUCGGUGUGACUGAGCCACUUUGCAAUACCAAUUCCUUCAGCCUGCCUCGAGGCUACGAUAUCUUCCUCUAUCGCUCGCGCAUACAGACCGAACCACGACUCGAUGCGACUGUUGUAUACCGCAAGCGAUGGGAGGCUCAGUUGGACGAAGGACUAUAUUGGUAACGAGGAGAUUCCUCCCUAUGCGAUCCUCUCGCACACCUGGGGGGAGCAGGAAGUGAUCUUCGAUGAUCUGAAGAGCCUUACUAGUGUAGAGGACACUGAUGCAAAGAGCAAGGCUGGUUGGGACAAGAUGCGCUUCUGCGCACAACAGGCAAAGCGUGACAGUCUGGACUACUUCUGGGUAGACACCUGCUGCAUCGACAAGUCAAAUAGCUCAGAGCUCCAAGAAGCGAUCAACUCCAUGUUUUGCUGGUACCAGAACGCGAAGAAGUGUUAUGUCUACCUUUCAGACGUGGAGUAUAACACUUUAGAUGCGGAUAGUGAGUCAUCCCGGAGGUGGAAGCCGGCCUUCAGGAAGAGCAGGUGGUUUACCCGAGGUUGGACACUCCAGGAGCUACUUGCUCCUAGAUCGGUCGAGUUCUUCUCUAAAGAGGGAGAGCUGCUGGGGGACAAGAGGUCGCUUCGAGAUACCAUUCACGAGAUUACAGGGAUACCUAUCGAAGCUCUGUUGGGAAGCCAGUUAUCUCAGUUUAGCACAGCUGAACGUUUCUCUUGGGCGGCAAACCGACAGACAAAACGUGAAGAAGAUGAAGCGUAUUGUCUGCUGGGUAUAUUCGGCAUCUACUUACCGCUCAUAUAUGGAGAGCAACGGCUCGGUGCGAUGAAGCGGCUGCUGAAUGAACUUGAAUCACCUGCAAUUAAACUUUCUCAAGCCAUCAAGGAAGACACCAAGAUCGUUAGAGGCCAUGUUCCUGCUAUUAUGUCUGGGAUAGAUAUGGUCCGACAAGACCAGGACUCGGCAAAGUACCGCAGGCUUCUGGACUGGAUAUCAGCUUCAGAUUACCCUACCCAGCAAUCGGACAUCAUAAAGCGAAGGCAGGAAGGGACGGGCCAGUGGUUUCUGGACGCGCCUGAAACAGCACGGUGGCUCAACACGGCGAUGGCGACUCUCUUCUGCCCAGGUAUCCCGGGGGCCGGCAAGACCAUGAUAGCAGCUAUCGCGAUCGAUUAUUUGCUUGAUACAGUGCAGAGCGACUCAUGUGGAGUCGUCUACGUGUACUGUAACUACAAAGCUCAGGAGGAGCAAGAUGCUUCAAGCCUGCUAGCAGCCAUUCUUAAGCAGCUAGUUCAGGGUCAAUUGUCGACGGUGAACCACAUAGAACGGUUGCAUCAGAAGCAUGCCAGCCGAGGGACUAAACCAUCACUCGACGAAAUCUACAACGCGCUCCAAAACGUGUUUGCGUGCUACGCUUCUGUUCAUAUAGUGAUUGAUGCACUGGACGAAUGUCAGAAUGCUACUCGCCGCCAACUUCUCGCAAAACUCCAUGAUCUUCAGGCGGGAAGGGAUGUUCGUUUUAUGGUCACAGCCCGGUUUAUGCCAGACAUUCAGGAUGACUUUGAAGGAGCGCUGAGGCUCGAGGUGCAGGCUAGCAGAGAGGACGUCAAGCGUUUCGUGGCCGGCCAGAUAUACCGACUGCCCACAUGCAUACAGGGCAGCGAUGCGCUUCAGGAGAUGGUGCAGGAAAAAAUAGCGGAUGCGGUGGACGGCAUGUUUCUUCUUGCCCGCCUGCACGUAGACUCGCUGCUAGACAAACGAACAAGAAAGGAUGUUAAGACAAGUCUUGCGAAAAUUACAAAGGGCGCAGCCGCACUUGAAGACGCAUACAGAGAGGCUCUUCACCGAAUUGAAGGUCAGCUGGAAGGUGACUGCGGGCUGGCCAAGAAAGUCUUGUCGUGGAUCACGUUCGCGAAGCGACCGCUUACUACUGCUGAGAUAUGCUGUGCCCUGGCGGUAGAGACCGGCGAAGCGGAGAUCGACCCUGACAACGUACCCAAUAUCAAAGACCUAGUAUCUGUAUGCGCCGGCCUUGUCGUUGUCGACAGAGAGAGUGCGAUCAUCCGUCUCGUACACUACACUACACAGGAAUACUUCGAGCGAACCGUAAAUGUGUGGUAUCCAGGCGGCCAGCUGCAUAUUGCUACCACAUGCCUUACGUACCUUUCAUUCAGCGCUUUCCAGGGCGGCAGCAGCUCUACUGACGAGGAGUUUGAGGAAAGAUUACAGCAAAACAAAUUCCUGGACUAUGCGGCCAAGCACUGGGGACGCCAUGCGAGAACCGUUGAAGCAGAGGUUGCCACUUUCGCCUGUAAGCUGCUCCAAGGGAAGUCUUUUCCAAGUGUUAUACAAGUUUUAGGAGCCACAUACUUUAGGUAUAGAGGGUAUAGUACGAAAUAUCCUGUGAUUACAGCUUUGCAUUACACAGCACGGUUUGGGCUACCUGGCAUAACUAAAAAGAUUCUGGACGCUACAGAAGAUCUCAUUCCAAAGGCAGUGAACGUUAGAGACAGUUAUGGAAGCACUCCCUUGAUCUCCGCAGCAGAGAACGGCCAGUAUGAGGUGGUCCAGUUGCUGCUCGACAACAACGCCGACGUCAACGUGCAGGGUGGACGCUACGGCAACGCACUGCAGGCAGCUUCAGCUGGAGGCCACGAGCAGAUAGUCAAGAUGCUGCUCGACAAAGGCGCCAAUAUGCUGCUCGACAACGACGCCGACGUCAACGCGCAGGGCGGAGAGUACGGCAACGCACUGCAGGCAGCUUCACUUGAGGGCCACAAGGAGAUCGUGAAAGUGCUGCUCAAGAAAGGUGCAGACAACAGCGUGCUAAAAAGAUUUGAUGAAAACACGACUGCAAGUUUGAAACGACAUGAAAUCAAGAUGCUGCUCGACAACGACGCUGACGUCAACGCGCAAAGUAGACGCUACAGCAACGCAUUGCAGGCAGCUUCAGCUGGAGGCUAUAAGCAGUUAGUCAAUAUGUUGGUUGCAGCGGGCACGAAUGAACGCCAGCAAAAGGGCCUUGUAAUAUGGCCUGGGUAUCUCUGUCUAUGGCGUUUAGGGUUCUGGAAUCAUGACGCCAGAGGCACUUUUUGA